AUGCAGAAAGCCACCCACAAACCCGACCUGCUAUGGAGCCUAGAACGCUGGGCCCGUUGCAGAAGCUUCGCCCCCCCAGAUCCCCCGAAACUACCCGCUCUCACAGGGCCCCCCGGAGGCCAGGACCUCUCCACCCACGAGGAGAAGGCGGAGGCCUUAGCACGCCGGUUCUACCCUAACCCAGAAGCUGACCUUUCUGAUAUAGAGGACCCGGACCUGAUAGAACAGUGGGUUCCGAAGUUCAAUAUAGAGGAAAAGGUUACAGUGGGUGAUGUUAGGGCAGUCCUUUCGAAGAUUAGUCCUUGGAAGGCUCCAGGCGAGGACCACUUACCUAUAGGCCUUCUUAAGGCCUGUGGGCGCCCACUGUUCAAGGUGCUAGCGGUUCUCACGGAGGCGUGUUUCCGGAUCGGAUGGUUUCCAGAAAUAUUCAAGAGAGCCAAAACAGUUGUCCUACAAAAGCCCGGAAAAGAGCCGAGUACCUACCGAACUCCAGGAGGCUACAGGCCUAUAGCCCUUCUACCUACAGUUGGGAAGGUCAUAGAAGCACUGGUAGCAAAGAGGAUUACUAGUGCUGCAGAGGCCUACGGCCUACUACCAGCGGAGCAGAUGGGAAACCGAGAGCACAGGUCAACAGAGGUAGCGAUUCGGCUAGUCGUAGCCCAAGUCCAGGAGGCCUGGCGGCAGAAAGCAACCGCCUCCCUUCUACAGUUGGAUAUCUCAGGGGCAUUCGACACCGUCAACCAUACCCGGCUACUAGCCACUCUUCGGCUACAGGGUUACCCACAGUGGGUGGUUCUGUGGGUGAAGGCGUGGUUAAGUAACAGAGUUGCGAUCCUCCACUUCGACGGCCAGAAAACAGAGGACAUCCCAGUCAUAGCGGGAGUCCCCCAGGGCUCACCACUAUCCCCGAUCCUAUUUAUCCUCUACAUUGCCUCCCUAUAUCAGGCCCUGAAAACAGCCCAUCCACUGGUUAGCAUAGUAGGGUUCGCAGACGACACAAACCUACUGGCCUUUGGAAAGAACCCAGAGGCCAAUACACAGCAACUGGAAAAAGCUUGGAAGACCUGCUUGCAGUGGGCUGGUACCCGGGGGAUGGCGUUCGCACCUCAAAAGUGCGAAUUAAUUCACUUCAACAAAGGUCGGAGACAGUGGGAGAACCCGGUGGCCCUGGCCCACCCAGGGGCCAGUGGCUACAGCACAGUUAAGCCAGUGGAAUCGGCUCGGUUUCUAGGAGUCUGGCUGGACUGGAAGCUGUCAUGGAGGGCGCACCAACAAGCUGUGGAACGGAAACUCAAAACCCAAGAUUUCGCCUUAUCGAGGAUUGCAGCAAAGACGUGGGGCCCGAGCCUAUCCAGGGCUCGGGAGGUCUACGUAAAGUGCAUCCGCAGUGCCAUAGCUUACGGAGCCCCCAGCUUCCACCAACCAACAGCUCCAAGAGCUACAGGGCCGAAGGGGCCUGCAAAGGUCUUGUCAAAAGCUCAGAACAGGAGCCUUCGAAUAGUAGUAGGGGCAUACAAGUCAGCUCCUAUUCGGUGCUUAGAAACAGAGGCCUGGGUGCCACCGCUAGACCUAUAUCUCAACAAGCGGCUGGCCGACUUCGAAGGCCGGCUACAGAAGCAGGCCCUACAGUCAGGGGCUGGGCCGGAGGCUGAGAGAAUAACCACGGGGCAUCUAAUUACUGAGGCCUGCAAUAAGGUCUACCGAAGGUUCAACAAGAGGAGGAAAACCCGAGGCCGGAGGCCCCGUCAGGGCCCGCAGAGUCCCACGCCCACUGAACUAGCCGCUAGUGUAGUGGCCCAGUGGGUUAACUACAAAUGGAAGAUUGGGGGGAAGGAUAGGGGGUCGAAUACCAAGGAGGUGGUCGAACUGGCCUGGCAGGCCCGGUGGGAACAACAGAGAGCUAGUCAACAAAGUACUACUCGACAGAGGGUAUUAAACAGGAGGAUAGCCGACGAAGACCCCCCAGCCCUCUUAUUUACCGACAAAGCUCUGAUGAGACACGAAGGUCUUACAAAGGCGCAGAGCUCCCUCCUUUCCCAGGCCCGUAUCGGGGAUAUAGGCCUCCGGGACUACCUGUUCAGGGUGAAAGUCCCGGAGGUCCGUACCCCCCUAUUGCGAGUGCGGGAGGGGCAGGGAGACAGUGGAGCACUUGGUGGUUUGGUGCCCCGACCCGCCGUUACAAAGGCCGUGGGACGGCAGAGAGAUUCGGUCACAUCGGGACCUACAAACCGUAUUACGGGGAGUAGGUGCCCGGAGCAGAAGAUUUGUUAG